AUGAGAAAUCCUACAGUCGGUCAUCAGCUGGAGGACCAGGAAAGCUGGUGGCAUAAUUCAGGCCUGAGAACCAGGGGACCCAAUGGUGUCAGCGCCCUGCCUGAGGCCAGAGGCCUGAAAGCCAGGGGGAUGUUGGUUCAGCAAGAGCCAUCCGAUUCCAUUGUCCUCAUAAUUAGUACUUCCACUGAACCUUCCAAGAGCGCAGAUGAUACUCAAGCAGCCGUACCUAGAGUUGCCAGAAAGGCUUUGGGAACUGUCAACAGAGCCACAGAAAAUUCAGUAAAGACUAGUGGACCUCUCAAACAGAAGCAGCCAACCUUCUCUGCCAAAAAGGUGACUGAGAAGACUGUCAAAGCAAAAAGCUCUGUUCCUGCCUCUGAUGACACCUACCCAGAAAUAGAAAAAUUCUUUCCCUUCAAUCCUUUAGAUUUUGAGAGUUUCGACCUGCCUGAAGAACACCAGAUUGCACACCUCCCCUUGAAUGGAGUGCCUCUCAUGAUCCUUGAUGAGGAGAGGGAGCUUGAAAAGCUGUUACACCUGGGCCCCCCUUCACCUCUGAAGAUACCCUCUCCACCAUGGGAGUCUAAUCUGUUGCAGUCUCCAAGUGUUCUGUCGACCCUGGAUGUUGAAUUGCCACCUGUUUGCUAUGACUUAGAUAUUUAAACUACUUAGUGUUUAAUAGUUUGUAUGUUUUGUAUUAAUAAAGCAACUCUUUAACAGACAAAAAA